UCCACAUGACUAGUCAACCUCUUCAAACUGAGUAGGCGCCGCCGCGUAACUGCUAUAAAUCAUUCAUACACACAUUAUACACUCACUUUCUCUCAAAAAAAUAGAGUAAUUAUUUUUCUCUCUCCUCACCCCUCAAUAAAUAUUCCAAGAAACGCGUAAGUUAACUGUGGCAAUUGCCAGUUCUUUUUAGUGGCUAACCAUUAACUUCUCUACUUCCCCUAUAAAUUUAUUUUUCAACUGGGUUUUUGCUUUCCAAAUUUAGAUUCAUUUUUAUUUUCACCUUUUAAAAAGUAAAUUAAUUGAAAAAAGAAAAACAAAAUAUAAAAUCUAAAAGUCAAUCUCUUUUCCCUUCGUUUAGUGGUGUGUUUUUGGCCUUUUAGGUUCACGUGGGUGAGAUUCCUUCUCCAUCCUUUCAUUCGGAGGGACCCUUUUGACAACUCUACCAUUUUGUUUUGCUUUGGUGGGCUUUUUACAAGGUUUGUUUUCUGAUCUGUUUUUUUUUUUAUAUAAUUAUUCUUGUUUAGAGUUUUUAUUUGAUUUUUUUGGCACAUUCAAUUGUUUUUCGGGGAAAAAAGUGGAAUAUGGCCGAGGAAAAACCCAGUUCACCUUUGAUCCCACCACCAGAAAUGAGCUCAUCGUCUUCGUCGUCGAGAAAGCUACCGGAUUUUAAGCAAUCAGUGAGAUUGAAGUAUGUGAAGCUUGGGUACCAUUACCUUAUUACUCAUGCAAUGUACCUAUUUCUUACUCCUUUUGUAGUCAUUGUUGCUGCUCAGCUUUCAACAUUUUCACUUGAGGAUAUUCAUUUACUUUGGGAGCAUCUUCAAUAUAACCUUAUUUCUGUGAUUAUAUGUUCAACCCUCAUUGUAUUCUUGUCCACUUUGUACUUUAUGACCCGUCCUCGCCCUGUUUACCUUGUUAAUUUCUCAUGCUACAAACCAAAUGAUUCAUUAAAAUGUCCAAGGCCUUAUUUCAUGGAAAAAUCUGAGAUGACUGGUGUGUUUUCUGAACAAAUUCUUGGUUUUCAGAGGAAAAUCCUCGAGAGGUCGGGUCUUGGAGAAGAUACUUACCUCCCUGAGGCUCUUCAUAAUUCACCUCCAAAUCCUUCUAUGGCGUUUGCUCGUAAGGAGGCUGAAGAGGUGAUGUUCGGUGCCAUUGAUGAGCUUUUAGCCAAGACUAGUGUGAAAUCUAAGGACAUUGGAAUACUAGUUGUUAAUUGUAGCUUGUUUAACCCUACCCCUUCGCUCUCAGCCAUGAUUGUUAACCAUUAUAAGCUCCGAGGGAAUAUUGUGAGUUACAACUUAGGUGGGAUGGGAUGUAGUGCGGGGGUUAUUUCCAUUGAUCUCGCCAAGCAACUUCUUCAAGUUCACCCGAACUCUUACGCUUUGGUUGUUAGUACUGAGAACAUCACGUUGAAUUGGUACCUUGGGAAUGAGCGUUCGAUGCUUCUUCCAAAUUGCUUAUUUAGAAUGGGUGCGGCUGCUAUGCUCCUUUCUAACAAGGGAUCGGAUAAGAGAAGGUCUAAGUACCAAUUGGUUCAUAGUGUUAGGACUCACAAGGGUUCAGAUGAUAAGUGUUUUUCUUGUGUGUAUCAACAAGAAGACCCAAGUGGGAAGAUCGGUGUGUCUCUUUCAAAAGAAUUGAUGGCGGUUGCCGGUGAUGCAUUGAAAACGAACAUUACUACUUUAGGACCUCUUGUCCUUCCAAUGUCCGAGCAAUUGCUUUUCUUGGCUACUUUGAUUGGGAAGAAACUCUUCAAGAUGAAGGUGAAGCCUUACAUUCCGGAUUUCAAGUUGGCUUUUGAGCAUUUUUGCAUUCAUGCAGGAGGUAGAGCUGUUCUUGACGAGUUGGAAAAGAACUUGCAACUUAGCGAGUGGCACAUGGAGCCAUCAAGGAUGACCUUAUAUAGGUACGGUAACACCUCAAGCAGCUCUCUUUGGUAUGAAUUGGCUUACUCGGAAGCCAAGGGAAGAAUGAAGAAGGGAGACCGAGUAUGGCAAAUUGCAUUUGGGUCUGGUUUUAAGUGUAACAGCGCAGUUUGGAAGUCUUUAAGAACUAUGAAUCCCGCUGACGAGAAGAAUCCAUGGAUGGAUGAGAUCGAAAAGUUCCCCGUCAAUGUACCUUUGGUUUCUCCAUUCUAAAACUCCUGUAUUUCGUUCUUGCAAUUCUUGGUUUGAUGUCUCCAUUUUCGCAGAGAUUGUUCGAUGAAUGACUUAGAAAGAUGGUAUGGUAAGGUAACUCUUAGAAAAUCUGUCAGGAUAUAGAGGUAGAAGCCGAUACCAAUUUGUAUGGUGAAAUCCUCUUGAAUUAGAUUUGAUCAUAUUCUGAGGUUCUGUUCCUUUUUUCUUUGAAUAUUUUGUGCUGUUAAAAUAUACUCAUGAUGUACUUAAUUUUUAUGGCUCAAUUGUAUCACAUCUUCAUGUUGAACUUGUGCAAAUUCUGGGUUCUCUUCAAAUUAACAUCUAAAUCAAUGUUUGUUACUA